CUUCUUAACGCUCAAAUUAAUGCUCUUUUGAUUCUCUCACUCUCUCUCCUCCUCUCUUUAUCGUUCUCUCCGAACCACAUUGCCCGUUUGGAUUUUUUUGGUUUGUUUAACUCGCUCUGUCUUUCUCAAAUGUGUGUUUUAGCGAGUGAUGAGUGAGUGUCUUUUUUGGUACUAUAUAAGAGAACUGACAAUUCAUUAUCAAUGAUACAUUUUGUCUCUUCAAAAUGCUCAGUCUCUGGUUUUCAUGAAUGGGGUCUUUUUUUGUUUGGGGAUGAACAUUAAACAUCAAACCUUUGAGUGUUCUUUCUGUGAUAGCUACAGAUUACUUUAGUGGGGUUGUUGGUCUUGUUCUGUAUUUUUUGUCUUGCAUGUCUUCUUUGUCAUCUAAUCCAGUCGUUUUGAACGAUUCAAACCUUUUAAAAGCCAGUUCUUUCAUAUGGGUUUGAUGAUUUUUUUGGGUUAUUUUAUCUCCUCUCAUCAUUUUGUUUUGAAUUGAGCACUCUCAGUUUUUGAAAGGGUCUAGCGGGUUUGGUAGAAUUUUGACUAUUUUGACGAUUCUUUUUGUGGGUUUGGUUUUGCAUUGGGUAAAUUUUGAAUUUAUAGUACUAUUUGAUGAGCUUUGAUAUUGGUAGAUUUGAGAAUUUUUUUGUAAGUGGGGAUGGGAGUGUUUUGGUUUUUGUAGAAUGGCAUAUUUAUCAGUGAUGGGUUGUUAUGUUUGAGGAUUUUGAGAAGAUGGGAUUAGGUCCUGAUGCUAUUCAAGUUGGUGCGUGGAGUGUGGGAAAAUCAAAUGGAAAGAAAAAGAAAGACGAGGAUGAUGAAGGGACAGGGUGUUGGAUUAAAUUUAGGUUCAUGGGGGGCUGCUUGUCUUCGAAGGCCAAAGUGGAUGGCUCCAUAAGUGGCAGUGGUACUAGCACACAAUAUGCGGAAAGUAAAUCUACAAAUGACACCAGCAAAGACCAACCAGUUGUUCCAGUAGUUUCAUCGUCGACAACUACUAGCUUUGCUGAAAGUACUCCAUCAACUCCCAAUGUAGCUGAGGAAUUGAAAAUUUCUUCUCAGCUUCGAAAAUUCAACUUUAAUGAGCUGAAGUCUGCUACAAGAGGUUUUAGAUCUGAGAGUCUUCUGGGUGAGGGUGGAUUUGGCUGUGUAUACAAAGGUUGGAUCAGCGAAGGUGGAACUGCUCCAGUGAAAGCAGGCAUGGGGAUUCCAGUUGCAGUAAAGACUCUGAAUCAUGAUGGACUCCAGGGUCACAGAGAAUGGCUGGCUGAAGUUAAUUAUCUUGGUGACCUUCUGCACCAGAAUUUAGUUAAGUUGAUUGGUUGCUGCAUCGAGGAUGAUCAAAGGUUACUUGUUUAUGAGUUUAUGCCCCGUGGAAGCUUGGAGAAUCACCUUUUUAGGAGGUCUCUGCCUCUUCCUUGGUCAAUCAGAAUGAAAAUAGCACUUGGUGCUGCAAAAGGUCUUGCCUUUCUUCACGAGGAAGCUGAAAAGCCAGUGAUAUACCGAGAUUUUAAAACAUCUAAUAUCUUAUUGGAUGCGGACUACAAUGCAAAGCUUUCUGAUUUUGGGCUAGCUAAAGAUGGUCCAGAGGGUGAUAAAACUCAUGUAUCUACCCGGGUGAUGGGCACUUAUGGUUAUGCAGCUCCUGAGUAUGUGAUGACAGGACAUCUUACUUCAAAGAGCGAUGUCUAUAGCUUUGGAGUGGUUCUGCUUGAAAUGUUGACUGGCCGAAGAUCUAUGGACAAAAAUCGACCGAAUGGAGAGCAGAACUUGGUGGAGUGGGCGCGGCCACAUCUUGGAGAAAGGCGAAGGUUCUAUCGACUAUUAGAUCCUCGACUUGAAGGUCGUUUCUCAAUCAAAGGUGCUCAGAAAGCACUUCAAUUGGCUGCUCACUGCCUUACCCGUGACCAGAAAGCUAGGCCAUUGAUGAGUGAAGUUGUUGAAGUGCUAAAGCCUCUGCCUGAGAUGAAGGAUAUGGCGUCUUCCUCAUCAUACUUUCAAGCUCUUCAGGUAGAGCGAUCUGGGUCUGCUGCUAGAAAUAACAGUAGAAUGCAGACAGGGCUCGUUAGGAAUGGACAACCAAUAAGAAGCCUCUCUGCAUCAAAUGCUCAGCAUGCUUCUCCGUAUCACCUCAAUCAGCGAAACUGGUCACCAAAACCUAGAGAACAAUCUUCGAAGUGAGUGCAGUUUGAACUCUGACCCUUGUUUUGCUUGUUCUUAUUUUUAUGGGGUAUGAAAAUAUGUUAGAGAUCAACUGAUGAACUAAGUUGUGGUGGGCUUGGAAUGGUGCCAAUUUAACUUUUUGAAAUGUUGAGAGGCUGAGUAACUAAGGUACUCCAGUCUUGAUGACCCUGCUCAAAGGCUAGGAAAUUGUAUUGAAAGGUUAAACUUAACAGGAAAGAAUGAUCCAGCCUUGUUUUUCAUUUCAUUUAAAAAUGGUAUAGAAAACAUAAUUUAACCUUU